AUGUUUCCCACUUUCGCGAUACCAUUCAUUCACGGAUUCUCGCUGAAAAUCCAAGUUUCGAUCCUUCUAACCCUCCUUCUGGCAAGUUACCUGAACAAAACUGCGAGAUUCGUCAUCGCUGCCCUUGCAACGGGGUAUUUAGCCUUCAAAAUCCUGGUGCCGGUCGUCCAAGUCGUGAUAUAUGUCUUCAAGGGAGUCGCGAUGUUCGGAUUUUAUAUGCACUACUUCCGAAUCGCUGUUGGGAUGAUCGGAGGCGGCAUUGUGUUCGUUUGGAACUAUGUGUCGGAGCUCGUCGAAGAGGCGAAAAGGCAGGAAGAGGAGGAAGAACGAUAG